AUCGCUUACUGGGAUGUAGUAGCCAGAAGACUUUCGUCCUCUGAAAGUAUUGCUCUCAUUCACAGAGUAGUUAACUGAAGGUGCAGAAGUCCCAAACCAGUUCAGAUGUUGCUGUUUCCUUCAGUUGCAGGUCUAUGGAAAUGCAGGAUCUAGCCAGCCCACACAGCCGACUAAGUGGUAGUAGUGAAUCCCCCAGUGGUCCAAAGCUUGAUAACUCUCAUAUAAAUACCAAUUCCAUGACACCCAAUGGCACAGAAGGUGACAUGACUCUCCUCAGCACUGCAGACUGGUUGCUCAGUGCUAGCACACAGACCGCUGCAGUUAAAACAGAACCAAUGAGCAGCAGUGAGAUUGCUACUACUACUACUACCACAGACGGGUCUUUAGACAAUUUCUCAGGAUCAGCAAUUGGAAGCAGUGGUUUCAGCCCAAGACAAACACACCAGUUCUCCCCACCACAGAUUUACCCUUCCAACAGACCAUACCCACAUAUUCUUCCCACCCCUUCUUCGCAAACGAUGGCUGCAUAUGGGCAGACGCAGUUUACAACAGGGAUGCAACAAGCUACAGCUUACGCCACCUACCCACAGCCCGGCCAGCCCUAUGGAAUCCCUUCAUAUGGUGCAUUGUGGGCAGGCAUCAAGACAGAAGGUGGAUUGUCACAGUCCCAGUCACCUGGACAAACAGGAUUUCUAAGCUACAGUGCCAGCUUUAGCACACCUCAACCUGGACAAGCUCCUUAUAGCUACCAGAUGCAAGGCAGCAGUUUCACAACAUCAUCAGGAAUAUAUGCAGGAAAUAAUUCACUCACAAAUUCUACUGGAUUUAAUAGUUCACAGCAGGAAUAUCCCUCUUAUCCCAGCUUUGGCCAAGGCCAAUAUGCACAGUAUUAUAAUAGCUCACCAUAUCCCUCACAUUACAUGACAAACAGCAACACCAGCCCAACGACACCCUCCACAAACGCAACAUACCAGCUUCAAGAACCACCAUCUGGCAUCACCAGUCAAGCAGUUACAGAUCCUGCAGCAGCAGAAUACAGUACAAUUCACAGUCCAUCAACACCCAUAAAAGAUUCAGAUUCAGAUAGAUUGCGUCGUAGUUCGGAUGGGAAAUCACGUGGACGUGGCAGAAGAAACAACAAUCCUUCACCACCACCUGAUUCUGACCUAGAGAGAGUAUUCAUUUGGGAUUUGGAUGAGACAAUCAUCAUUUUCCAUUCCUUGCUUACAGGGUCCUAUGCUAACAGAUAUGGAAGGGAUCCACCCACCUCAGUGUCUCUUGGACUUCGAAUGGAAGAGAUGAUUUUCAAUUUGGCAGACACGCAUCUAUUCUUUAAUGAUUUAGAAGAAUGCGACCAGGUUCACAUUGAUGACGUGUCUUCGGAUGACAAUGGUCAAGACUUAAGCACCUAUAACUUUGGAACGGAUGGCUUUCCCGCAGCUGCCACCAGCGCUAAUUUGUGCCUCGCGACAGGGGUGCGUGGAGGAGUGGAUUGGAUGAGAAAAUUGGCAUUCCGCUACAGACGAGUAAAAGAAAUAUACAAUACCUACAAAAACAAUGUUGGAGGUCUUCUUGGUCCAGCAAAAAGAGAGGCUUGGCUACAACUAAGAGCAGAAAUUGAAGCUUUGACGGAUUCUUGGUUAACACUUGCACUGAAAGCACUCACCCUUAUUCAUUCAAGGACAAAUUGUGUGAAUAUCCUUGUAACAACUACACAGCUAAUUCCAGCUCUGGCAAAAGUCUUGUUGUAUGGAUUAGGGGUUGUAUUUCCCAUAGAGAAUAUUUACAGCGCAACUAAAAUAGGAAAGGAAAGUUGUUUUGAGCGAAUAAUUCAAAGAUUUGGAAGAAAAGUAGUGUAUGUGGUUAUAGGAGAUGGUGUCGAAGAAGAGCAAGGCGCUAAAAAGCAUGCUAUGCCAUUUUGGAGGAUCUCAAGCCACUCUGACCUUAUGGCCCUUCACCAUGCCUUGGAACUGGAGUACUUGUAGCAGCCCAGCAGCACUUUGAA